AUGACAUCAGAUAAGCUCAUCUCUGUCACAGAGAUAGCAAGACAUAACACGGCAUCCGACUGCUGGCUCGUGGUCGACGGCCAGGUUUGGGAUUUUACAGAAUUUCAUGAAGAACAUCCCGGAGGAUCAGCCAUAAUUCUGAAAUAUGCCGGCCGUGACGCCACAAAACCAUACAAUGAAGUUCAUUCACCAUCUACAAUACGCAAAUACCUCCAUCCAGAUAAACUCAAAGGCGUCCUAGACACCUCAACCAUCAACGACGAAUGGCUCAAGGAACCACCCGCUGAAAAUACGCGUGUCAUGCUUGACAAUGAAAAGCCCCCGUUACAUACACUCAUUAACGCCCAUGAUUUUGAGAUUGUUGCUUCCAAGACUGCAAAUAAAAAGACGUGGGCGUUUUAUUCUAGUGCUGCAACGGAUUUGAUUACUCGGGACGCGAAUAAGUCUUGCUUUGAUCGAAUAUGGUUCCGUCCGCGGAUAAUGAGGAAUGUGCGUUCGGUGGAUACGCGGACGAGUAUUAUGGGUGUUGAGAGUAGUUUACCCUUGUUCGUUAGUCCGGCGGCUAUGGCGAAGUUGAUUCAUCCUGAUGGUGAACGUGCUAUAGCCAAAGCAUGCUAUGAGAAAGGUAUCCUGCAGGGUGUGUCCAACAACUCAUCAUACUCUAUCGAAGAAUUAGCUGAGACCGCACCCAACGGCAAAUUCUUCUUCCAGCUCUACGUAAGCCCUGAUCGCGAAAAAUCCGCUUCACUCAUACGGAAAGUCUCUUCACUACCUCAAUUCAAAGCCAUCCAUAUUACCGUGGAUGCCGCAUGGCCCGGUAAACGAGAAGCCGAUGAACGCGUCAAAGUAGACGAGAGCACUUCGGUGCCCAUGUCAGACGCAAAGGCUAAAAACGAUAAAAAGGGUGGUGGUAUUGGUCGAUUGAUGGCAGGCCACAUCGAUCCUGCGCUGACGUGGGAUGAUAUCGCAUUUGUGAGAAGACAUACACAUCUACCUAUAUGUCUGAAGGGAAUAAUGUCAGCUGAUGAUGCGAUUUUGGCAAUGAAAGCUGGUGUUGAUGGGAUUUUGUUGAGUAAUCAUGGUGGCCGAAACUUGGAUACUAGUCCUCCGUCGAUUAUCACGUUACUGGAGCUUCAGAGACGGGCUCCUGAGGUUUUUGAUUGUAUGGAGGUUUAUGUUGAUAGUGGUAUUCGACGUGGGACGGAUACACUCAAAGCCGUUGCUUUGGGAGCCACGGCUGUGGGCAUGGGUCGUAGUAUGUUGUUUGCGACAAAUUAUGGUCAGGAGGGUGUUGAGCAUUUGAUUGAUAUAAUGCGUGAUGAACUAGAGACUGCCAUGAGGAAUAACGGUAUCACCUCGUUGGAUGAGGCAAGUCCUGAACUGGUUAAUACAGGAGACGUGGACCACCUGGUUCCUGCAGGACGUCUACAUCAAUAUGCAAGGAAGGUGGCCAAGUCGCGACAAAAACUUCUUGCAGCGAAGCUGUAA